AUGGCGUCUAUCAACUUCACUUCUAUGAACGGCACCAACGAUAUCCUUAUGUUUGGCGGCUAUCACCAAACAAUCGUAGCUUUGGAGUCAGAUGUACUGCAGAAUCCAGUUGACAACCGGAGCCUCCUCCACCCUGAAGAGGUCUCCUACAUCCGCAAGACCGCGGCUUACGACGACUCGAGCGCGGCAGUAGCCUGCCAGGAAGCGCUGAAUCUCAGACUCGACUAUUACUACGGAGUCCGGCAUCAGAUAAGGUCAAUUUUGAGAGUAUGGGAUGCUGUUCUCGACGAAAAACGUCUCUACGACGCCGGAGGCUGGCUCAGCAGAAGCCGCAGUUUCAUGGAUUCUUUCCGGCUCUGUUCGUAUUUGAUCCCGCAGAGAGUCAACAUAGGGCUUGUCGGCUCUUAUUUGGACAUUCCAGCGCUUGAUACAAGUCUUGACAAUAUCCCCGUAUCGGUGGGCUGCCGGUCAGCCACGUACCACGCUGAAACGUCAACAGUCGAUGGAAGCGAGGAGACGGCAGUAGACCCGGGCGAGUAUGACAAGUCAAUUCAAUAUGGCGAGCCUGAAGAGCUUCCCCUCUCCGACGAGGAAGAAUACACAGAGGCGCUUGCCCGCUCCCCUACUAUCUCGGACGAGGGCUCCGAGGAUGUUGACGUUCAACACCGCAGAGUGGAGAUCAUCUCAAUUCCCAGUGACGACAGUGGCAACAGCAGCGACAGCGACAGCGACAGCGAAUACAGCAACAGCAGCGACAAGACCGAGGAGCUCCAGUUUCCCCUCGAUCUCGAAAAUGCCGGCUCCGCAGACAGCGGCCUCGGGAAAUCCCAAACAUAUCGGCAGAGCGACUUAGACGCGGAGUGUAAGCGCUUCUUUGACGGCCUUCCGCGGCAGCCGUACCAAGAGGCAGCUAGCCUUGACGAGAACCUCGCCAAGCGACCUGAUAGUAGCAUUUCCAAGGGGGGAGCGCUGCAGCCACGAGGAAACCAAAGCGUGCCAAAGCGGAAGUUCUUCGUGAUCUCCGACAGCGACUAUAAGGAUGACCAAGGACCUGCCCGCGGGAUCUCAGGCAAGCGGCCGCGGCACUAUCCUCGGGCGGUUUAAAGCUGAAAGAAACGAGAGGCAGUUUGCGCGGGAUGGAAUUUGCAAUAACAGAGGAG